CCUUGACGGGCGUUGCGCGGCGGCCACCAUGGCUAGGCAGACGCCCUGGUGCUACCCGCAACUCCUCCGAACCGACUUCCCCGGCACGGAGGAGUCGGGCGUUCCCAUGGACAUGCGGCAUGGGCUGGAUCCGGAGACGCUGGACCCCUACAAAAACAUGGUGCUCAAAUUCAUCUAUUCCUUCCUCCUCAAGUCUCCCGUCUCCACCUCCGGCUCCCUCUCCUGCACCACUGCGGAUGACGGCGACGGCGUCGACCGCUUCAGCCUUCUCCCCGAUGAUCUCCUCCGCCGUGUCGUCUCCUGCCUCCCCGCCAAGGACGGCGCGCGCACCGCCAUGCUGUCCUCACGCUGGCACCAUCUUUGGCGCUCCACCCCGCUCGUCCUCGUCGACACCCACCUCCUCCCCGCGGCGUGCGCCGGGGCCCGGCCCGGGCGUGCAGGGGCCGUCUCUCGCGCCGUCACCGGCGCCGUCUCCGCAGCUCUCGAGGCGCACCUGGGGAACUUCACCUUCGUCAGCCUCACCUGCAGCUUCCUGGAACGCGCCGACCGCGGCGUGCUCGCGCGCUGGGUCCAGCUCCUCGCCACCAAGGGCGUCAGCGAGCUCGUCCUCAUUGUAGAAGACUUCAUCAACCGCCCGUGGCCCCUCUCCCGUGGCGUGUGCCUCCGAGUCGCGCUCUUCAGCUGCGUCUCUCUCACCCGCCUCUACCCCACCCUCCCGCGCGGUGCUGCUUUCCCGAAUCUGCGUGAGCUCGUCCUCGGGUGCGUCAUCGUGACGGACAAGGAUCUCGACUUCGUGCUCGCCGCGAGCCCCGUGCUGGAGAUCCUCGCGGUCGUUGGAAACCAGACCCAACUGCACGCUCGUCUUGCCAGUCAGAGCCUACGGUGCGCGCAAUUCUGCGUGUCCAACGUGGAGGAGGUCGCCGUGGUGGACGCCCCACUCCUUGAGCGUCUCUUCAUCUGGCACACCUCAAGCCGCGGCCACUCUAGCAUGGCCAGGAGCAGAACAAGUGCUAGAGUCAAGAUUGGCCAUGCUCCACAGCUGCGUUUGCUGGGAUACCUACGGCCAGGAAGGCAGGUGCUGGAGAUUGGCAACACCACCAUCAAGGCUAGUACACAGGCAAGCCCAAGCACGAUUGUCCCCAGUGUCCAGAUGUUAGCAUUGAGUCUACGUUUUGGAAUCCACAAUGAAGUCAAGAUGCUGCGUAGCUUCCUCAUGUGCUUUCCGAACGUCGAGAAUCUUCUUAUCGAGUCUGGGGAAACUCAUGAACCCACUGGCAAUCUCCGUCUCAAGUUCUGGCAGGAGAAUGGUAUGAUUGAGUGCAUCCGAUCGCGCCUCAAAAGUAUUGUUUUCCGUGAGUACCAUGGGCAUCAGAAUGAGUUUGCCUUUCUCAUGUUCAUUGCCGAGAAUGCAAAGGUGCUGGAGCGGAUGGUGGUUGAGUUGAAGUUUGGAAGGUAUGAUGUGCCUCUACAGAUCGCUAUCAAGAUGAAAGCUCUGGAGGGUGCCAAAUGGGCCAGUGGAGGCCACAAAUUGCAACUCACCUUCAGUAAAUUUCCUACUGCAUGGAGCCUCUCGAGAGGAUCCGACUUCUCAUGUGAUGACCCUUUCCUCUGCCUCUGCUAUAUGCCAACCUAUUUCGAAAUGCGAGACAGCUCUGGCCAAUUCAAGCCCCUGGGUUAUCUUUAGGUUGCUGGAGUGUGCCUUGUGAAGACUGGCCAGUGUUCUUUUUCCACUAGCAUUAGUAUUUCCAUCUGCUGCUUCUCUGAAUUGAGGUAUUUCUCCUAAGUAUGUGAGUUGAAGUAGCAGAAAACUGCGAUAUAUGAGCUUAUGUAUUGCCUACUUCAGUACCAAUUUGAUGUUCCUUGUUAAAUC